CAGGAUAUCGCCUUAAAAAAUAACACAAAACCUCCAUUCGUAUUUAAAGCGCGUUCGCAUAGCGAAUUUUCGUUAAUCCCUCUCGGUCAACGAGCUCCAUUGCAUCGAAUUAUGAAGAAAACCGGUCUCUGCUUAUUGUUCGCAGUCUCAUUGUGCGCUGCGAACGCCUACAAUUUCGAUAAACGAUUCACCGUGUGCCAUAGAAGCGCCCCGGAUUUGGACAAAUGCUUGAUAAGCGCUAUUGAGGAUGGCAUCAGAACCGUCGGGAGCAAAGGUAUUCGAGCUUUGAACGUACCUUCUGUGGAUCCCUUAAAAAUCACCAGAAUCAUCAUAGGAGAAGGAAGUACGGCGGUUAAUUUGGUGCAAAAGUACUACAAUGCGAGCAUCACCGGCCUCUCAAAGCUCAAAGUAAAGGAAGCGCAUUUCGAUUUAGAUAAGAACAUUCUCACGUUCACCUCACUUCACCCUACGUUAGAACAGAAAGCUAAAUACGACAUUAACGGGAAAAUAUUAGUGUUACCGAUAUUCGGAAAGGGCGAUUCGGUGUGCGUGUUCUAUGAUGUGGAGAUAGAGCACACCGUGAAGCUGGAGGAGGUGGUGAAAAACGAGCGAAAGUACUUCAGGGUAACGGAUUACGCGGGCGUGUUGUCGGUGGGGAAAGCUCGAUUCGAUUUCGAAAAUCUGUUUAACGGGGAUAAAGCUCUGGGCGAACACAUAUUGACCGUGGUCAACGAGAAUUGGCAAGUACUCUUCGAGGACGUCAAGGGCGGGAUUGAAACUACCUUUUCCAAGGUGUUUCUGGCCGUUGCCGGGCAAUUAAUCGAUAAAAUUCCAGCCGAUGAGAUACUUCCUAAUUGAUUAUUAAAUGAUGCGAUUUGUAAUUAUGUCGAUUUAUUAAAACUCUACCUAUGUGGCUGUUUAUUUAAAAUAAUUUUUGUAUUACAUUUUGAAUUCGUUCGAAAUGUCAAAACUACCUGUCAACAGGAAAUGUCAAAACGAAUUUAUGUAAAAUUUACUUCUUUUCAGAGGAAAUUAAUACAAUAAAAAAGUUUAGUUUAACAAUACCAAAGGCAAAAUAUAAGAGAAUAUGUUUAAAACAUAGGAAUUACCCGAGAGCACGUAUUUGUAAAACAAUUUCAGCUACUAGCGCCAUCUAUGACUAAAUACUUAAACUAACUUUGUGGGAAAAUUCAAAUUGCAUUUAAUAUUAAACCAACCUUUUAUUAGACGCUUGGUACACACGUACUAAAAAACGUAAAAUGUAUGUAUAUACAGGGUGUCCUCGAACUUAUUGCACCAAAUUCUAGGGGUGGUAGUUAGCAUAAUUUGAGACCGAUUCGCAGAUUUCAUUGGCGCAAAUUUCCCCCCUCCGCCCUCCAGUUUUAAAAAAACGUUAUCGAUACCGAUCGUUUUCUAGUACGAAUUGUAUUGUUUUGAUUAUAACAUCGGGGUUAAAAAGAUUUUUGUAAUUAGACUUUAGUGAUUUAUUUGAUCGUUUUAGUUCU